AUGGGAAGGCCUAAGCGUCAAGAUUUGGACAAUGCUGCUGAUAGUAAACGGUCGUUAGUUCGUGCUCGUGCAUCGCGGGAUGCAUCGUUACGGUCAAUUAAAAAAAUAAAUACUAUAGCCGAAGAAGCUAAAUUAGAUGUUGAUCGUCGCGCAUUAUUUGAGGCUCACUAUUUGUCAUUGAAACGGUUCGUUGAUCAAUUUGAGUUAGAACAGCAAGCAGUAUUAAAUGCCCUUGUUGAUUUAGAUAAUGUAGUCGAGUUUGAAAAUGUUGAUGCUGUUGUCACUGAUACUAUGGAAGAGGUAUGUGCAAACAUUCAACUUAUUGCUACUGGCUUCCAUAGCACUUCUGUUAAUGUGACUGCAGAUAAUAAUGUUUCUACUGGUGCACGACAAACAGCACAGGCAAUUGUGUUACCAAAAAUUGAAUUGCCAAAAUUUGAUGGUAAUGUCUUGGGUUGGGUAUCGUUUCGUGACAUGUUUCAAUCACUAGUUCAUGACAACCCUGAUAUUUCUAAUAUUCAACGUUACCAUUUUUUAAUUUUAAGUCUGUCCGGUCCAGCACUUACAGUAGUGAAAGCGAUCCCUUUGACGGCUGAUAAUUAUAUCAUAGCUUGGAACGCAUUGAAACAGUCGUUUGAAAAUCAAAGACUAUUAGCUUCGGCACACAUUGACAAAUUGUUUUCAUUUGUGCCAUUGAAAAAAGAAUCAUUGUCGUCACUGUCGUCAUUUGUUCAUGUAUUCACUGAAAAUGUCUCUGCUAUUAAAGCACUUGGUGUCAAGGACCUAGCUGGUUUUAUUUUGUUUCAUAUUGGUGCUCGUGUAAUUGAUACAGAGACAAGGCGACUGUUCGAAGCAAGUAUUGAACAAAAUGCAGUCCCUAAUUUAGAUAUGUUAUUACAAUUUGUCGCACACAGAUGCAAAAUUUUAGAAAAUGUGGGAACGUCGGUUGGAACUAAUGACAAACCUGACAGCACUCUUAAAGGUAGUAGUAAGAAAAACAAAAGUGGCUCCCUUGGCAAAACUUCACUGUCAGUGUCUUCUACAUCCACAACAUCAAAAUGUUUAUUUUGUCAACACGAACAUCAGAUUUAUCGUUGCUUUGUAUUUAAACGCAAACCAGUUACAGUACGGCGCAAGUUUGUGAGCGAUCAUAAUUUGUGUUUUAUAUGCUUAAAAACGGGACAUAGUGUUGGUUCUUGUACUGCUUCUUUUACAUGUAAAAAAUGUGAAGGUCGUCAUAAUACACUGUUACAUAUAGAAAAUGUUGGUACAAAAAAUAACAGUGAGACGACACAGAAAGAGAAGUCAGAUGUUCAGUCCUCUACGUCCAAACCUGUUGAAAAUAACACUGUGUUCGCAGGUACGAUAUCGACACAAGCAACUGUAGUGUUAGGUACUGCGGUUGUUCGUAUACAAGAUGACACAGGUGUUACUCAUCAGGUUCGAAUUUUAUUAGAUAGUGGGUCACAGGUUUCGGCCAUUACUGCAGAUUGUGCCACCAGACUUGGUCUUAAACGCACCAGGAGUCAUGUAGAGGUAGUUGGCCUCUCUCAACAACCGGUGUCCAAGGUAAAAGGUGUUACUCAGUGCGCGUUUUUCCCGCUUCAGUCAGAUCAACCACUGUUUAAAGCAAAUAAUGUUAUAAUAUUGUCCCAAAUUACUGGAUUAAUGCCAAUGUGUUCACUCCCUGCUACGGUGCGCACGCGAUAUCAACACCUAGUACUAGCUGAUCCGGAAUUUGAUCAUCCUGGCACCGUGGACAUGUUAAUAGGAGGUGAUUUAUACCCGAUGAUUUUGCAGCCCAAAGCGGACAUUAUCCAUACGCCUGGAUUGCCGUCAGCAAUGCACACAAAUCUCGGUUGGAUAAUUGUUGGUUCACUCAGGGAUCCUACUUCAUUACCUCUGAUGUCGUUGACUAUUAGUGCAGUACCAGUCCUGAAUGAAACGUUGCAACGAUUUUGGACGGUUGAAGAGCCGACUGCCCCAGUACACUCGACCACCGAAGACGAACGAUGCGAGGAGUGGUUCUGUAAAACAGUGUCACGGGACACAUCAGGCAGAUUUUGCGUUGCUCUCCCUUUUCGGUCUACAAUAGAAGUUCAAGGUAAUCAAAAUCAGGACUUGAGUACGGCUAGUGGUCUUGGUUCUUCGCGUACGAUGGCUCAAAACCGGUUGUUUAAUAUUGAACGUCGCCUAGCAAAGGAUCCUGAACUAUAUUCCGCGUAUCGUGACUUCAUGGAUGAAUAUCUGUCGCUCGGUCACAUGCGCCUAGCUGAGAAACCAGGGAAGUAUUUUAUCCCACAUCAUGCGGUUGUUAAACGGCAAAACGAAAAAUUAAAAAUUCGGGUAGUCUUUGAUGCGUCGGCCAAGUCAUCUUCUGGUUUAUCACUUAACGACUGCUUGGCAACUGGACCAAAAUUGCAGAGUGAUAUCACCGACAUAUUACUUCGUAGCCGUUUCCACAAGUUCUUGUUCAUCGCAGAUAUUGAGAAAAUGUAUAGGCAGAUCCGAGUCAAUGAUGCAGAUUGUGCGUAUCAACAUAUACUUUGGCGAAAUUCGCCCACUGAAGAAGUAAAAGAGUACGAAUUAUGUACUAUCACUUAUGGUGUCAACGCAGCUCCGUUUUUGGCAAUCAGAUGUUUACACCAACUGGACUCGGAAAAUGGAUCUGAAUUUCCUUUGGCAAAAAAUUUGUUGGUUACAUCAACGUAUGUUGACGACAUUGUGGCAGGUGCUGAUACCGAAAAGGAAGCUCUGGAGCUUCAGGAUCAAGUCAUAUCCCUAUUACGCAAAGGUGGGUUCCAUUUACGAAAAUGGGCCAGUAAUUGUGAGGCAGUAUUAAAAGGUAUAGCUGCUGAAGACCGCGCAAUGGACCCAUCCUUUGAACUUAAAGAUGACCAAUCAGUAAAGGUAUUAGGUUUACAUUGGAUUACUACGUCGGAUGCCUUAGGCUACCACAUUAACAUCAACAAAGUCGAACCAACCAAGCGCACCAUACUUUCAACCAUCGCUCGUCUAUACGAUCCUGUUGGCGCGUUGGGCCCUGUGGUAUUCUGGGCCAAGUGCAUUAUGCAAGAAUUGUGGAUAGAGAAAUUAGAUUGGGAUGCUUCGCCUUCGUCCGACAUAAUCGAUAAAUGGCAUAAGUUCACAACUGAACUACCUGCGUUAUCUUCCUUCUCACUCUCUCGUUAUAUCAACGCAUGCUCAUCAAAGACCAUACAGUUAUUGGGUUUCGCGGAUGCUUCUCAAAAGGGAUACGCGGCGGUGGUCUAUAUGAGAGUCAUUGAUAUGCAGGAUGAGGUAACGGUGCAUUUUCUUACGGGUAAAACAAAAGUCGCCCCUCUUAAGGCAUCACAGACGGAUGAGUCACUGACAAUACCACGGCUAGAGUUGUGUGCCGCCUUGUUACUUGCGCGACUGCUGUCUCAUCAACUCUUCGUGCUUCGUGAUAUCGUAACGAUAGAUUGUGUUCGAGCAUGGAGUGAUUCUACCAUUGUCUUGGCUUGGCUUAAUGGGGACCAAAAGCAGUUUAAGAUAUUUGUUACUAAUCGAGUGGCGAAAAUUCGCUCUCUUCUGCCACACUGUGAAUGGUCUCAUGUACGAUCAUCGGAUAACCCUGCAGAUCCUGCAUCUCGAGGCAUGCUGCCGGAAGAACUUCUUACCAAUCGAUUACAUUUAAAUGGUCCAGAGUUUCUGCAAGAUCCCAAUUGUCAGUUUUCAAGUUUGAUGCCGAAUGAGUUUUCACCUGAGCAACUUCCAGAGAUAAAAACCUCAGUUAAAAAUGUUUUAUUUGUUCAGGACAGUAUCCAGCCUUCAGACAUGAUCAGUCAAUUUUCAACAUUAACAAAAAUGCAACGUGUGUUAGCGUACUGUUUUCGUUUCGCCCGUCGUCGAAAUAUUCCGAAGAGCAGUGGACCAAUCACUCGGAUGGAAUACGAACGUGCCAUGAACGCAGCUAUUUUAUGUACGCAAAUGACAUACUUGUCGGAUCUACAAAAACAGAUACAAAAUCAAGGUUCCAUAACUCCGACAACGAUAGCCCAGCUAGCUCCCUUCAUCGAUUCGAAUGGAAUCAUUCGAGUUGGCGGAAGAUUAAAACGGGCGCUAUUAGACGAAAAUGCAAAAUAUCCAAUUCUUUUGCCUCAAAAAACACAUCUAACAGAAUUAAUCAUUCGACAUUUUCAUCAUAUCUCGUUACAUGGAGGAUCAAGAUUGGUACUUUCGAUGAUCCAUCAAAAAUUUUGGAUUAUUUCUGGUCGAGCAGCUGUCCGUAAUAUUACAUAUUCUUGUAUUCCUUGCACAAAGUUUAGAAGUAUAAACCCGCGACCUUUCAUGGGGGAUCUGCCAGCUGCUAGAGUUGUAGCGAAUCGACCAUUCUUUAACGUUGGAAUGGAUUAUGGCGGACCUUUCAUGGUUCGUGAAAGUCGACGUCGCGGUGCGCGUACGAAUAAAAUAUAUUUAGCUGUAUUUGUGUGCAUGUCAGUGAAGGCUGUGCAUUUGGAAGCCGUGUCAGAUAUAUCCACAGACGCGUUCCUCGCCGCAUUGGACAGAUUCGUUGCUCGACGUGGAAUUCCCGACAGCAUGUACACCGAUUGCGGGACAAAUUAUGUAGGUGCUGCAAAACAACUGAAGAAACUGUUUGAUGAAGCUUCCAAUCAGCAUAGCUUAUAUGGUCGUAUAUCGUGCAAGUGGCACUUUAACCCACCGGGAGCCCCUCAUUUUGGUGGGAUAUGGGAGGCUGCCGUCAAAAGUGCAAAAACCCAUUUAAAAAAAGUGAUUGGUGCCCAAGUAUAUACUACCGAGGAAUUCACAACACUCAUCACGCGAAUCGAAGGCGUGUUAAACUCUCGGCCGAUUGUACCGCUGUCCAGUGAUCCAAAUGAUCUAAACGUGUUAACCCCAGGUCACUUUCUAAUUGGACAACCAUUGCUAGCACUUCCAGAAGAGGAUGUAGUGAACACUCCAACCAACCGUUUAGGUCGUUGGCAAUUACUCCGUCAAGCUCAACAAUCAUUUUGGCGUCGAUGGAGCCACGAAUAUCUGCAUACACUACAGGGGAGGCAAAAGUGGUUUAGGCAGACACCAAAUCUAAUGGUUGGCGAUCUUGUAGUUAUCAACACACCAUCACGACCACCCAUGUCCUGGCAGAUAGGUCGAAUCAUUGAGGUUCAUCCAGGGGAGGACAACAUUGUGCGUGUAGCGACCGUUAAAACCCAAGAAGGCACCCUCAAACGUCCUGUUAUCAAGUUGGUAAAACUUCCAGUUGAUCCAAGACCUUAA